GAACCAAUGAGAAAAUCCUAGAACACAUCACAGGGGAAGGCAAGCAGCUGAUGGCCACGGCUGAGUCUGUGUUCCAAAAGGUUGCAGAGGAACUCGAGAAUGGCACCAUUGCGGUUGGGCAGCUGGAGUUGAUCCUUGAGCACAGGAAUCAAUUUGUUGAAAUCUGGAACUUAAACAGAAUACGGCUGCCACUCCAAGAGAAGGCCUGUGAUUUGAAGGACUUGCUGGAGAGGAGAGAGGAUGAUUUGCGGUUCCUCAAGCGAGAAAAGAGAUACGUGGAGAGUCUCCUCAGGCAGUUUGGGAGAGUGAAACACCUCGUGCAAGUGGAGUUUGGAAAUAUUGAAGCAAUACACUCUCAAGACCUCAGCAAUAAGAAACUCAAUGAAGUCGUGAUAAAGCUACCUGGCUCCUCAUCCCCCAAAAGGAAGACACAUUACUUCCCGAACCCUGAGAUCCGAGAAAUUGCAAGCAAGCUAGACUCCCUAAAAGACAGCCACAUCUUCCAAGUUUUCUGGCAAGAGAUGGCAGAGUCGCUGAGUACUCUGAAUCAGGACCACAGAGAGUCAGAGCUUUUGCUCCCAGACGCCUGUGAAUGCCUGUACUACCCCUGCUAUGAGAAAUUCCACAGGCUCUAUGAGAACGUGAAGUCCGGAGAGAUCACCUUUGCUGAAGUUGAUGACAUCUUCAGAGACUUUGUAGAUAAAUAUGAUGAGCUGACUGUUGACCUAAAGUCCAUGUGCACCGUGGACCCCCAGGACCAAAAAGGUUGGAUCUCAGAGCGUGUUGGGCAGAUCAAAGAAUACCAUAGCCUGCACCAGGCCGUCAGCUCUGCCAAGGUCAUCUUUCAGGUCCGAAGCACUUUGGGCGUGACUGGUGACUUCAGUGUUCUUGACACGUUGUUAAACUUUGCGGAUUCCUUUGAGAGCUUUCUUCAUGAGAAACUGAAGCAGAUCAGCCCAGAGUUCAUCCAGGCCAAGAAACUGCUCCAAGACAUCAGUGAGCCCCGCCACCGCUGCCUAGAGGAACUCUCCAGGCAGGGGGAGCUUGUAGGCUGGCUGCAUGAGGCCCUGGAAGACAUCAAUGAACUCAAGGUGUUUGUGGACCUGGCCUCCAUCUCGGCGGGGGAGAACGACAUCGAUGUGGACCGGGUGGCCUGUUUCCAUGAUGCCGUGCAGGGUUAUGCUUCCCUGCUGUACAAGAUGGACUCGGGUGCAGAUUUCUGUGAGUUCAUGCAUCAUCUGCAGGAACUGUGGAGGGCCCUGGACAAUGACCAGGACCUGCCCAGUAAGCUGCAAGAUUCUGCCCGAAAUUUGGAGUGGCUGAAGACAGUGAAGGAAAGCCAUGGAUCUGUGGAGCUCUCGUCUCUGUCCCUGGCCACAGCUAUCAACAACAGAGGCAUCUAUGUUAUUGAGGCACCCAAAGGUGGUCAGAAGAUUUCCCCAGACACUGUUCUACACCUUCUUCUCCCUGACGACCAUGGUGCCCGAGACGGGGUCCGCACCUACUCCACAGAAGAGCUGAAGGAACUUUUAAAUAAGCUUAUGCUAAUGUCUGGCAAGAAAGACCACAGCAGCAAUGUGGAAGUGGAGAAGUUUUCUGAGGUCUUCAGCAGCAUGCAGCGGCUUGUGCAUGCCUUCAUAAACCUGCACUGUGCAGGCAACAUGCUCUUCAGGACUUGGACUGCUGCGGUCUACUGUUGCCCCAGGCAGGGCAUCUCCAUCCUCAUGGACUUUGGCUUGGAGCUGGUGAACCAGUUGAAAGAGAGUGGUGAUAUCAUCGAGCUCCUGGGAGCCCUCUGCAGGCAGAUGGAGGACUUCCUAGACCACUGGAAAGCGGUAGUCACUCAGAAGAGAGCCAAACACUUUUACCUCAACUUCUACACAGCUGAGCAGCUGGUCUAUCUGAGCAGUGAGCUCGGGAAACCCAGACCCAGCGAAGCUGCCCUCAUGAUGCUGUCCUUCAUCAAAAACAACUGCACUGUACGUGACAUCUCAGAAGUCACCGGGUCCUGUGAAAGCAAUGGUGCCAGACACUGCCGGAUUGAGGCUGUGGAAAAUCUGUCUCGGCAGCUACUUUCUGAGUCCAGCUUAAUGGGCAAACUUCGGGUUAUCAUGGAACAAUCCAUAGUGUGCAUGAGUGCCUUCCUGCCCGACUGCCUGGACCUGGAUGCCCUGGGCAGCUGCCUGGCUCAGCUGGCCACACUGGCGGACUGUCCCGUGAAGCGGCCACUCCCCAAAGGCCUGCAGGUUGGCCAGCCUAACCUGGUGUUGUGUGGUCACUCUGAGGUGUUGCUGGCCGCACUGGCCAUCUAUAUGCAGGCCCCCAGGCAGCCUCUGCCAACCUUCGAUGAGGUGUUGCUCUGCACCCCGGGGACCACAGUGGAGGAGGUGGAACUGCUCCUGAGACGCUGCCUCACACUGGGCUCCCAGGAAGACAAGGUCUACAGCUUGCUGUUCGCCGACCAGCUGAGUUAUGAAGUGGGCUGCCGGGCAGAGGAGCUUUUCCGGGACCUGUGCACACAGUGCCACCGUGAAGACUACCAGUUGGUGAUAGUCUGUGAUGCUGCCCGGGAGCACUGCUACCUCCCCUCCACCUUCAGCCAGCACAAAGUCCCCCUGGUUCCCCAGGCCCCACUGCCGGACAUCCAGGCCUACCUGGAGAACCAUUAUCAGGUCCCAGAGCAGACCCCGUCAGCGGCGACUAAGACAAGUGCUGCCUGUAGAAGUGACAAGCAGAGCCUGAGAGAGGAAGGCCAUUUCCUUAGGACAUAUGCCCCAGGAAGGCGGCGAGGCCACGAGCCUGCCCGCACAGCUUCGGUGGAGUACCUGCAGGAGGUGGCCAGAGUCCGCCUCUGCCUUGACUUGGCUGCUGACUUCCUCUCUGAGCUUCAGGAAGGAGCAGAACUGGCCGGAGAGAAGCAGUGCUUCCUGAAGCACGUUGAGCAGUUCUGCACCCGCGUCAAGAAUGAUUGGCACCGUGUGUACCUGGUGAGGAAACUCUCAAGCCAGCGUGGGAUGGAAUUUGUGCAGAGCUUCUCCAGGCAGGGCCAUCCAUGCCAGUGGGUGUUUCCCAGUGACGUCAUUGCACAGCAGAAGGACGACCCAAGCCACAUGGACCGAUACCUAGUACAUGGUGAUGAAUACAAGGCUCUUCGUGAUGCAGUGGGCAAAGCUAUGCUCGAGUGCAAGACCUCGGACAUUGGGACUGCGCUGAUGACCUGCAGAAGCCCCAAAGCCCAGCAGACGGCCUGCCUACUGCUGGCCUUGUACAGAGAGGUGGCGUCGUUGUACUGUUCCCGAAAUGCCAGCCUCCAUCCAAAACCGGAGCAAUGCGAGGCUAUGAACAAAUUCAUUGAGGAAAGCAAGAUCCUUUCUGCUCCUAACAUUGGACGCUUUGCAAAAUCGCUAGUGGAUGAUGCUCUGCCCCUGCUGAGGACCAGAUCUGCUAACAGCAGCCUGGAAGGAACAGUGACUGAAAUGGCCGUCCAUGCUGCAACCAUAUUCCUGUGUGGAAAAAACAAAGUCUUGGAGCCCCUGAGGAACUUGGCCUUCUAUCCGGCCAAGAUGGCAGAUGCUUAUCUUCCAACAAUGCCUGAAGACCUGCUGGUUCAAGCCAGGAGUUGGAUGGGCGUGGAACGUCUUGUCUGGUACAAUUGUCCCAAUGGCCAUCCGUGUGCUGUAGGAGAGUGCGGCAAGCCAAUGGAGCAGAGCAUCUGUCCGGACUGUGGUGCUCUGAUUGGAGGUGUCAAUCACAAUCCAUAUGAAGGCUUCCAUCCCAUCAGUGAAAAUGAGGACAGAACACAGACUGGUCAUGUGCUGGGCGGCCCGCAGCCCGGGGGUGCAGCUGUGGCAGCUGAUCGAGGGCUGUCCCCAGUGGUCUUCAUUCUCACUCGGCUGCUCACUCAUUUGGCUAUGCUUGUGGGGGCCACUCAGAAUCCCCAGGCCCUGAUCAGGAUCAUUAAGCCUCAGGUUCUGGACUCACAAGCCUUCCUGCAGCAGCACAUCCAGAGAAACCUGGAACAGCUAACCAAGAUUCUGGGCAGGAGUGCAGACGAGACCAUCCACGUGGUACACCUCACCCUGUGCAGUUUGCUCAAGGAGCAGCAUCCUGUGUUUGGCCAGAGGAAGUUAAAUUUUAGUGCAGAAUUGUCAACCAAAGGUUGCAGAAACGACUGGGAGAAGCAUUUUGAAGCUCUUCUUCUACCUGAAUUGGAGCAUCUUGACAAAAACUUGGCAGCUGUAAAUGCUCUUAUCAGCCAAGAUGAGCGCAUCAGCUCCAACCCUGUGGCCAAAAUCAUAUAUGGGGACCCAGCAACCUUCCUGCCUCACUUGCCCCAAGAAAGUGUGGUUCAUUGCUCAAGGAUUUGGAGCUGCAGGAAGAAGAUCACAGUGGAGUACCUGCAGCAUAUUGUGGAACAGAAAAAUGGCAAAGAAACCGUGCCUGUUCUCUGGCACUUCCUCCAGAAGGAAGCAGAACUAAGGCUGGUGAAAUUCUUGCCUGAGAUCUUGGCCCUGCAAAGAGAUCUAGUGAAACGAUUCCAGAAUGUUUCAGAAAUGGAGUACAGUUCCAUCAGAGGUUUUAUUGGAAGUCACCCAUCAGAGGGGCUGAGAAAGCAGUUCCAGGAUCGGAUCACCGUCUUUCUGUCCACAUGGAACGCGCUGAGGCGGUCACUGGAGACCAAUGGUGAGAUCAAGCUACCAGAAGACUUCUGCCGCUCCGAGUUGGAUCUGGAUGCUGAAUUUGAGGUCAUCCUUCCACGUCGACGGGGCCUGGGCCUCUGUGCCACUGCCUUAGUCAGCUACUUAAUUAGCCUGCACAACCACAUGGUCUACAUGGUGCAGAAGUUCUCUGAGGAAAACAACAGCUAUUCUGUAGACACCUCUGAGGUUACUGACCAGCAUGUCAUCAGCUAUGAGGUGGAACGGGACCUGACGCCACUGAUUCUCUCCAACUGCCAGUACCAAGUGCAUCAGGGUGGAGAAACCUCACAAGAGUUUGACCUAGAGAAGAUCCAGCGGCAGAUCAGCAGCCGCUUCCUCCAGGGCAAGCCCAGGCUGACCCUCAAGGGCAUACCCACCCUGGUGUACAGACGUGACUGGGACUACGAGCAUCUCUUCUUGAGCAUCAAGAACAAAAUGGCACAGAACCCACUUACCAACUCAGCCAUCAGUGCCAUCCGUGGACAGCUACAGUCCUACAGUGAUGCCUGUGAAGCUCUGUCUAUCAUAGAAGUCACCCUGCGUUUCCUGAGCACAGCUGGCGGGGAUCCUGGCAUGGACCUGAAUGUGUACAUUCAAGAUAUCCUACAGAUGGGUGAUCAGACAGCUCUGAUUUCAAAGGUCUUAGACAGAUGUCAGCUCAGACAUGUCAUUGCCCUCUGGCUGUUCCUAUCUGCACAUAAGUCAGAACAGCGGCUGCGGCUGAAGAAAGAGGUGUUUCGGGAAAUUGAUGUGAAGUACAAAGAGGACCUCAGUCCACAGCACGCCAGGCUCCUCCACACAUUUCUGAAUGAGGCAGGCCUGGACGCCUUCCUCCUAGAGCUCCAUGAGAUGAUUGUGCUGAAACUCAGAGGCCCCCAGGCUGAAAGUAGCUUCAACCCCAGAUGGAGGUAUGGCCUUGUAUGCUGCUGGCAGAAUGCUCAGCUGUCCAGUGGCUUCCCCUGGACUUGAAGCUAG